UCCUUCCAUAUAAAGCCACACCUUUUAAGCACUGUACUCAUAGCACUGCAAGCAGUCAUAUUCACACAAUCACUGCUCUAAAGAGACACUGUUAGAUGGAAAUGGAGAGCCAAAUAGAGAGCCAAAUAGAGAGAGGACAUGCCAGCAAGCAAGACUUAAUAAAUGACAGUAAACCUGGCCUUGGUUUCUGUGGAUGGAUCCUUGUAAUUCUUUCCAGUAUUUUCUCAGUGCUGUGCUUUCCAGUCACUGUUUUUAUUGGGAUCAAGAUUGUGAAAGAGUAUGAACGUGCUGUAAUAUUCCGACUAGGCCGCAUCACAGCCAGGCGGGCAAAAGGACCAGGCAUCUUCUUCGUCAUUCCCUGCACUGACAGCUUUGUGAAGGUAGACAUGAGAACAGUAUCAUUCGACAUCCCUCCACAAGAGAUUUUGACGAAGGACUCUGUGACAGUGAGUGUAGAUGGAGUUGUGUACUUCAGGGUGAGCGACCCCAUCGCUUCUGUGGCUAACGUUACCAGUGCUGAUUACUGCACACGUCUGCUCGCCCAGACCACCCUGAGGAAUGUCCUUGGCACUAAGAACCUAGCCGAGGUGCUUUCAGACCGUGAGGGAAUCUCCCACAGCAUGCAGGUGACUCUGGAUGAGGCUACAGACUCAUGGGGCAUUAAGGUCGAGCGUGUGGAGAUUAAGGACGUGAAGCUGCCUCAGCAACUUCAGAGGGCCAUGGCAGCCGAGGCGGAGGCCACCCGCGAGGCCAGAGCUAAGGUGAUCGCUGCAGAGGGUGAGAUGAACGCAUCCCGAGCACUGAAGGAGGCUUCUCUCGUGAUCUCGGAAUCACCGUCAGCCUUGCAGCUACGCUACCUGCAGACACUUAACACCAUCGCUGCCGAAAAGAACUCCACAAUCAUCUUCCCUCUGCCCAUGGACGUCCUGGGCCACUUUAUUAAAAAGUAAAAUAAAAUAAAAUCAAAUUUCUACAGGCAGUCUGUUAAACAUAAAAUGAUACAUUUUUGCUUUUUAGAUUCUGUCUAAUGUUGUAUGUGAUAUUUUGUUACACUCCUUCUGUUAAGUGACUUUUCUUCAUUAAGAUUUUCUUCAUUUGCAGCCUAUUUCUACGUGUCAUAUAUUUUACAAUGUGAAUUUAAUCAGAUCUUGGUUUCAUU